AUGUUCAAGUCGGUCUUUUUAGUUUUAUCUUGCUCUUGUUUGAUUACUGCAUUGAAUGUAUCGAGUAUAUCUGAUUGUCCUGGACUAUUGCCUCGAAUUCAUCCUGCUCAAGAUGUGACUGACUUAAGAAUGGAUGAUAUCAAAAUCAUGGCUUCUUUAGGAGAUAGUAUCAUGGCAGGCUAUGGUAUGGAAAAUAUACCCAAAACACCUCUUGGUUUUAUGAAUAAAAACAUCUUGACUGAAUUUCGGGGUCAAAACUAUAUGAUGGGUGCAGAUGAAGGUGCAGUAAGCAUAGCUAAUUUCAUCAAGCACUACAGUCCCUUUCUUGUGGGUCCUUCUAGCCAGAGUCACCCAUUAGGCUAUGUCAGAGGAAGUUUUCCUCUUCAUUAUAACUAUCAACAGGAAUGGAAAAUCAUUCAUGUUCAUAUAGGCAGCAAUGAUCUAUGUCGAGCCAGUGAAGAAGAGUUUAUGAAUGCUACACUUCCAGAAAACUAUGCUAAAGAUAUAGAGGCAGCUAUUCAACGUAUUCAAUCUCAAGUGCCCAAUGUACUAGUGAAUCUCAUUGGUAUGCUCAAAGUAACAGAUAUUCAACCCUUGGUUACAGACCAUUCAGAUUACUGUCAAUAUAGUAUUCUUAAGCAACCUUGUCAUGGACUCAAGACAAAAGAAGCCAUGGAACGAAUGGAUAUCCUAAGAGAAGAAUAUGAUGCCAAGUUGGCCAUAUUAGCUCAGAAAUAUGCUGCAAAACCAGGAGGAACAUUUGGUGUGAUGUUUACGCCUAUACCAUUUGAUUUAACGUCUUUUCCUAUUGAGGCAUUCAGUAAUAUUGAUUGCUUCCAUCCUUCAACCUUGGGUCAUCAAUGGAUUGCAAAAGCAAUGUGGAAUCAAGUCUUUUUAGAUAGAGACAGAAGACCCUCUCUUGUUCAAUUUGAUCAAGAGCAACAGAUUUACUGCCCUACUGAGAAUGAUAGAAUUAUCAUAAAAUAA